AUUCAUACCAGAACUGAAAGCUAAAUUGGUACAAGAAGCAAAAGUCAAUUCACUCAAAAAGUCAAAAGAGAAUUAUAAAGAAAUUGAACUUAUGAAAGAUGAAAGAAAAACAAUAUAUAGCAGAACACAGCUAAAUACUUCAGGUUUGGGGAAGGAAAUAGAAAAAGAAAAAAAGUCCAAGGAAAUCAAAGUCAGAGUUAUUAAAAUCAAAGGAGAGAAAGGAGAUAAUGCAGAACCAAAAAAGAUAGCUUAUGAAGGCGGGCAUUGUCAACAGGAUGCAACUGAAAAUGUUCAUUCUGUGUUUCAAGAUGCAAAACCUCUAAUCAUUGAACCACCAAACUCUGUCAGCCCCAGCAUUUGCUCUAAUGGCAUGAAAGAAGAUCCACAUGCUGGAAGUUCUAUGGUGAUGCCACCCAUCAAUUUAACCAAUAGUAAUUUCAUGGCUACAAAUUCGAAUUCAAAUCUCACCCACUCUAAUCCAAGGUGA